AUGGACCUACAGAUCACUCAGUGGUUGCAUGAAGACCAAUCAGAAGAUGAAGAGGCAUGUGAAGUCGCUGUUCCUGACCUUGAAAAUGAUGUUGACGAAGACGGAAUUAUUGAAGACUUUCGAGCAGAACAUCCAGAUGAUGAUACAGAAAAUUCUUCAUCGGUAGAUGACACUCCUCUGAGUAAUUACAGUUCAGGUAAUUUUCUACGUGUCUUACCUGUCCCUAAUAAUCUGAAGGGCAAAGACGGGUUUAGGUGGACAGGUGAAAAACCAGUAAAGUCUAGAGUCCCACGAAGAAAUAUUUUGUUUCAUCCUCCUGGACCUAAAGCUGCAGCUCGUGAAAUAAAAACAGAGCUGGAAGCAUGGAGUAUUUUUUUUUCUGAUGAAAAGCUUGAAGAAAUUGUAAGAAAUACAAAUGCUGAAAUUGGUAAACAGAGAGAAAAAUAUAAACGAGACAGACCUGUACAGAAUACGGAAGACGAAAACGCGGACGCAUCGAGUUCCACAAAAAUACGUCCUUCUUUUGCUAAGGAUGCAAGUGUGGUGGAAAUGAAGGCUUUAUUUAGACUUUACUACUUAGCAGGGGUACUCAACAAGAAUCACGUCACCACCAAGGAAUUGUUUGACAAAAACUCAGUUGUUGGCUAUUUUCGUGCCACCAUGAGCCAAGCCAGAUUUGAGUUUCUGAUAAACUGUCUGCGUUUUGACGACCGGUCUACUAGAGAAGAACGCCAGCAAAAUGAUAGAUUAGCACCAAUUAGAAACAUUUUUGAUCACAUUGUCAAAGUUUCGAGUGAAGAAGAAAGUAAUAGCACCACUGGUAGCGGAGAACAUGCUAUCAAUGAAAAUGCUCUAGAAAACGUAGACAAUCACACAACUGAGAAUGUUAAUAAUCAAAUGCAAGAUAUGAAUGAUCAGAGUAUACCAACUGAACCUUCUGUGUACCAUCUGAACAACCUGCUGCCCAAUCUAAUGUGCAAAACACCCAACACAAUGUUCAAACCCAAAAAAGGAAUCAAAAUAAAAGAAGAAAAGUUCUAG